AUGAGCAUGAAUCCUCUCAAGUCAUCACGCCACGACCUGCCAAGCCGCGCAGGGAUUGCCGCCGACUACUGGGUCGCUAUUGAAUUAGCUCCGAGCUCUGUGAGGAGCCGUCUGGUCCAUGACAGGGCACCCAAUUCAGCCACGCACGUUUUUGCCAGCUCCCAGCGACGAUGGCCUAAUGAUAGCCGUACGGAGUACGACGACAGCUUACGGCUGUUGGUAUGCCACGAAGUACUAGCAUACGAGCAGCAGCAGGAGUACGAGUGCAGAUAUCGAGCCAUGCAGCAGCGCAGGACGGACGAUGGGCAUCAAUCCCUGUCCCUUCGUAGUGCCGGCACACACACACACACCUCUUCACACACACACGCAUACUUGUACACACGCACCGCGGCAAUGGCGAAUGGCUCCCGAGAGAAUGCAAGGAGAGAGGAGAGGAGAGGACAAGAAAGCAUUCCGCCGCCGACGACCAUGAUUAUGCGCGCUGGCUGCUUAAACAGACGCUAUGUCGGAAGCAACCUUUCUGAUGCUUGUUCGCCGCAGAGUCUAGCCGGGGGGUUGAGGGAGGCCAGUUGUGGACAAACGGCCUACUGCUUGUGCCUACGAGUACUCGCACCGUCACGCCUCUCCCAGACACCGCGUUGCACGUUGACGGGCCAGAAGAUGGCGUCAGCAAUGGCUUCCCCAUAUAGCGUGCCACAUUCCCGAAGCACACUGGGCGUCAAGGCCCUGCAACCCAUGCUCUUCUCACCAAAGGCCGACGUUGGAUCUCGCUCCCUGGACGGAACUAGCCAGCAGGCCAGCCUCAGCUCCCAGACUCACAAGGGUCAGCUCCAUUAG